AGCAAAUAUCCAGGACCAAAAGAUCCCUAGUGCCGUCUCUAAGACCUCGUCAAACGUUGUGGUGAACAUGUCCGAUUGGGAGGCGGAAGAUCAAGAAUUUGCGAUCCCUAGCAUCCCGGUACUGAACAAGGGUGCUUGGGAUGACGAAGACGUUGAAGAAGAGGACGAGGUGAAGGCAUCAUGGGAGGAUUCAGAUGAGGAUGAGCCGAAGAAAGAAGAGAGCAAACCUGUUGUGGCUGCUCCAGUGAAAAAGAAGAAGAGCCUAACCCAAAAGCUCGCGGAGAAAAAGGCGGAGGAGGAGCGGAAGAAGGCCGAGCUUGCUGCCAAGCGGGCGGAAAACAAUGCAGAACAGGACAACGAGGAAACGCCAGAGGAACGAAAGGCGCGGCUGCAAAGGGCUGUGCUCGAUUCUGACUUGGAAAAUGCAAAAGAUUUGUUUGGAGGCAUAGCAGCACCAACGAGCGACACCAGCACAUCUAAGAUCGAGACCAUGAACCCAAAUUCCCGCGCCGAAUUCGACGAUUACGUGAAGGCUUGCAUGGAGAAAUUCUCUGCCUUCGAUAAAAAGCCACAUUACUCCUACUUUGUCGAGACUCUCAUCCGCGAUCUUCUAGUCCCCCUCAAUGUCGAUGAUACUCGACGAAUUUCUUCAUCUAUCACCGCGAUGAUCAAUGAAAAGCAGAAAGCACAGAAGGAAGUUGGAAAGAAAAAGAAGGGCAAAAAGGCCACCCUGAAGACUACACCAUCUGGGGACAUGGAUACGACAAAUUAUGACGAUGUGUACGACGAGUUUGAGGAUUUCAUGUAGUUGGCACAAGUCACGUUGAAUUCUGGGACCUGCAGACGUACGUUCGAGCAGGUUGUCGAUAGCACACAAGCAAGACACCUAUUGCUAGCUAUCUGUUGGAUACUGUUUACUGGCGUGCAUACAAUCAUACGGCUGUCAGCUUUUCUGUCAUGACAACCCUGCAUAAUUGAUUAGACUACAAAUCUGGAUGAUACAAAUAUGAAAAUAUAUAACAUAAGUUCCCUUCAGCUCCCUACAAUUCAAC